AUGAUGCUCCAUCCAGAGCCCAGCCCAAAGCCCUUUCAGCCCGGCAAAGACAAGCCUGUGCCUAUGCCAGAGUCGCCCGAGAGGAUGGCUGCUGAGAUCGGACGCUAUCCCACCCCACCUGACGACGACUCCAUGGAGCAGCUCAAGCGAUAUCCCACUCCUCCAGAUGACGACUCCAUGGACCCGCUUGAGCGCUACCCCACGCCACCUGAUGACGAUGCGGUCGAAUCACCAGAGGACGUCGAGCCCCGCAAGCCAAAGGGCGGCUGCGGCAGUGGCGGCUGCACCAAGCCCAAGCCUGACCCGAAAGAGCUCAACAACGAAGAUGGCCCGAAGCCCAAGCCAUGGCCAGGAACGCCAGGCUUUCCUCCUCCCAAUGCCGUGGCCCUUGAUGGUACUGACGGCAGGCCUUCACCAAGACCAACGAAGCCUAAGGGCGGCGGCAGCACUCGUCGGUCCGACAACGAAGCUGAGCCUCUCUUGGCAGCAGCAGCUCAACAGGUAGCCGGCCCCAAGAAGCCCCAACCAUACCCCAUCACGCCUCCGUACCCUCCAAACGUGCUGCAAAUGGACUCUUCAUUGACUUCUGCCAAGGUCGGGGAGCUCAACCUAGACGAUGAUCCAGAAAAGCCCGUAAAGCCGAAGCCAGUUCGUCCGCCUGGAGCCCCUGGCCGGUACCAGCUGGACCUAGACGACGGUCCAGACAAGCCCGUUCGACCCAAACCAACCUUCCCUGAUGGAGCACCGGGCAGAGAUGCCGUGCAGCUGGGACCCGACAAACCAGUCCGCCCCAAACCCACAUUCCCCGACGGUGCCCCGGCCAGAGAUGUUGUGCAGCUGGGACCCGAGAAGCCCGUUCGACCCAAACCCACCUUCCCCGACGGCGCUCCUGGCAGAGAUGCAGCUGCUGUGAUGCUGGAGGAGAGCGGCGAUCCGAUUCGGGAUCCUUUCCCUCGGGGUCCUCACGGUCCUCAGCCGGAUGGGCCGAAGAUGGUUGAAGUUGAUGCCUGA